GUCACUUUCCCUGUGCGCUGAUGGCUGACUGACUGGCUGUCUGCGCUGCUCUGCUUAGUUUGGAGAGAAGAGGAGAUCACACUGAUAAGAUAAGACCAACGGACAAGACCGCCCGUCAGUUAUAACUGAUGGUGACCUGACAGAGAUGGCUGGUACAGGAGUGUGUUGUGCCAGCCUGGAGGAACCCAAGGCCCUGAUGAAGAUGGGUCUGAGCAUGCUCCUCAUCAGUCACGUGAACUUCCUGCUGGGAGCGCUGGUGCACGGCGUGGUGCUCCGACACAUCAACCUCCACAAGCAGGCCCGGGCCAUGGAGUACGCCAUCUCCAACGUGGUCGCUCUCACCUCCGGCCUUGUGGGAAUCAUCGUUGGCAUUCUGGCUGUUGUCUUGUCUAAAAACAAGAAGAGCAGAUGCCUGACGUGGUCACUAUUUUCAGUGGGUCUGGCCGCAGCCAUCAUGGCAGGAGCUUCAGCCGUCGGACUCUUCGUGUCCGUAGUGAGGGCCAUCAUUCACGGCGGGCGGAGCCUCCUGACUCACUGCCGCUUCCCCGAUGCCAUUGGCUACUCCAGCAUCACCAACGAAUGUCCUUUUGACCCCACCCGCAUCUAUAGCACCACUCUGAUCCUCUGGGUGCCUCUGAUCGUGACUUGUGUCAUCCAGAUGGUGUUUUCUGCCCGAUGCUUUGCUGCCUGCGUUUCAUUCCUGGGUCUGCCUUGCUGCCCCAAAAGGAAGAGUAAAAGAGACUUUGGCAGAGCGGUCAAUGUGGUGAGGCCGAUUGUGGAAGCUGCUCCGUCUCGCUAUACUGACUCGCCCUCUCGCUACACUGACUCGCCCUCUCGCUAUACUGACUCGCCCUCUCGCUACACUGACUCGCCCUCUUGCUAUACUGCACCUCUUAGAAGCAACAAUGAACCUCCAGCCCGCUACACUGCACCUCCAAGAAGCAAAAAUGAACCUCCAGCCCGCUAUACUGCACCUCCAAGAAGCAACAAUGAGCCUCCAACCUGCUAUACUGCACCUCCAAGAAGCCACCAUGGACCUCCAAGGCGGAAUACCGAACCUCCAAGACAGCCGCGCCAACCUCCUCCCGCUUCACAGCAUCUUCCUCCUCCGUAUCGGAGUCUUCCUCCUUCGGAGAGGCAGCCUCUUCGCCCGCCGUACAGAGAAAGGUCAGACAGAGGAAGGCAUGAAACGAGGGCUGGCAGCCAGCAAAGGGCACCGGAGCAACACGGGCUGCUGGAGAGGGGGGGUCCGGAAAGGUCCAGCUUCUGGAUUUAGACAUAUUUGACAUGUCAGGGCUUCCUGAAGCCCCUGAAUGCUGUGAGGGUAUGUGUUGUUGCAACAGUACUUGGAUUCAAACAUGAGUUCUUAAAAACUGAACUUGGUGCUUGUUUUUUUUUUUGUUUUUUUGUUUUUUUAGCAGUGCAGUAGACCUAAAAAAGUGUCAGUAUGCAACAUCCUGGUUAUGUGAGUGUGUCUGUUCUUUUAUUGUUGUACCCCUGAGUGUCACAGUAUUCAUAUCAGGACAAAGAGAUGAGACAAAUCCUCCUCAAUGAGGACGCGGUGCCAAUCCUUUGAUCUACACACAUUUAGUUCAUUCACAGUUAAAGGAAUAGUUUGAUUUUUGGAAAUACACUUUUCUGCCAAGACUUGGAUGAGAAGAUCACAGCAGUUUUGGCCUUCUCAUCUAACUCUUGGUAAGACAAGUGAAUUUCCUUGAUGUAAAAAAUAUUAUUUUAACGUUACAGUUUAUACUAAUAAUGGAGGCUGGCAACAUAGAGCUGGUUAAAGCUUCUGUUAAGGGAAGCAGUGCUCAGAGUCUGAGUCUGAGUGUGUGUGUGUGUGUGUGUGUGUGUGUGUGUGUGUGUGUGUGUGUGUGGCACUGCCUUCUUCCUGUUUUUAGGAUAAAUGUCUGUUGUGUGCUGCACGUUUGGGAAUCAAGUGUGCGUACACUUGUCCUCCACUCGGGUCCAGAGAAACCAGUACUACAAGUUUGUUGUAUUUAUUGCUUAACUGAAUAAAGUUUUUACUCACAAUUACA